GAUCCAGAUGUGCUGUGGUCAACGGACUGUUACUUCAUCAGCUCUUAUCUGUUUACUCUGAGAGAAAGACUAACAGACCAGACCACCAGAGAGUCCACCAGAGAGAACUGCGUCUCCACAAAGCCCCGAGGAUGGCACGCGAACUGGUUCCGCUUCUGCUCUUCCAGUCAGCACUGUUGGCGUCUGUGUCUUCCCAGCAGGGCACUGCAUGUGACAGGCCAAACCUGGGUCCCAACAUUGUGGUGGAUCUUCUCCAGAGAUACUUCCAGUCUGGAGCUGAGUUAUUCCUUUCCUGUAGACAGGGAUACUCCCCCCUGUCGGGCCCGUCUAGCAUCGUCUGCAAUAACAGGGGAGAGUGGACCAAGACCAAUCUCAAGUGUAUACCAAAGCGUUGUCCUUACCCAGACGAACCCCCUAAUGGAUAUGUGUUCUAUGAAGAUAAUCUAUACCAAAGCACCACCAACUACACCUGCCAUCAGGGGUACGUCUUGCAUGGAGUCAGCAGUGCCGAGUGCCUACAUAACGGAACAUGGAGCGCCCCUCCACCCGAGUGCAAGUCGGUACAGUGUGACCUAGCACCCAUCCCACGUUUUGGGAUGAUUGUCUAUGACAAGAUAAUUUCAGGAAACACAACAGAGUAUGGUCUUGGAGGGACCUACAAAUGCAUCCCACCAUAUGUAGUCACUGGCAACGCAAGAGGAGAGUGCACUGCCGACGGCACCUGGACUGAGCCACCGGAAUGUCGACCUGUUACCUGCCCUCCACCCCAACCAAUAAGAAAUGGCUACAUGUCUGACACUUCACAGAGAGAGUUUGCCUUCACGGAAGCCAUCAAAUACGGCUGCAACGGAGACUACACGAUUGACGGAAGUCUAGAGAUUGUGUGUCAGGAUACAGGAGAGUGGUCUCCACAGCCAGUGUGCAUGGCCCCAUGCACUGUUGGCAUACAGAGAGGAAGGAUAUUAUAUAACGGACGGAAGAUCUGGAUCGCAGACUUCACGCCAAACAGAGUGUAUCACAGAGACAUCGUUUCAGUCUAUUGUAUGAACGAGGCCAGGAAGUGUGGCUAUGCUGUGCCAAUCCAAUGCAUCAAUGGAAAACUCAAGAUCCCAGAGUGCUACGAAGAGCCCGGUAAACUUCACUAUGAUCUUCGGUCCGGUUCUCUUCCGUCGGAAAUCAAACAGUGCUGAAAAAACCCCUGCAACUCCUGUCUUUACUGUCUUAUUGAAGCUCAUUAGUCCAGUGACGCUGGUGCCCUACGCUUGUAACAACGAAAAUGAUUGGAUUCAAGAUGGCUUUGUUGACAUAUAUGAAAUGUGUGCUCUCAAUUGUAGAAGUAAAUCUACAUUUUUGUAUUAACACAUGCAAACGUGUUUACCCCUGGAGGUCCCCGACUAAUAGUCAGGGGGUCCGUGAAAUAGUUUGUUAUAAAAUGAUGCUGUAUCAUUAAAAGUGCAUAUCUAUAGAUGGGACCAUUUACACCAACAAAACAAGCAUAUUGUGUCUAUUACUCCCACCCAGUGGGAGUAACUGGUAUUACCAUGAUUCAAAUUGAAAUGUGUUUAUCGCUAUGAAAUAGGUCUGAUGUAUUUAGGUUGAAAAGUUUUAGAAUACAAAUAGUUCCCGUGGCAUCUAAGAGUGCAAAUGGUAGUAAGCAUGUAUAUAUUUAGUAGUUGGUACGAUUAUGAGUGGGUUGUUGGAAAAAUUUCUUCCCUGUAAGGGGUCCCUGGCACCAAAAGGUUUGAGAACCCCUGCUCUAGACAUAUUGUUAACAGAUUUAAAUAUGCAGUAUGUAAUUUCUGCCGCUGGGGGUCUCAAUCAAAACAAUAACAAAAAACGGAGUUUGAUGACUGUAAUGUUCUUUUCUGUAAUAAAUCAAGCUGAAAAGUAAA